CCGCUCCCCCACCUCUCCCUAGGCCUACACCUCACCUCCACAACCUCUAAAUAAGUGUGCUGGGGGAUUAGCGUCGGAGGGUAGAGUGUAGGAGGGAAGUGGUGGUAGAGUUUAGAGUAGAGAUGGUGGGUGAAGUGGUAAGAGUGGCAGCGUGGCGCGGCGUGAGGGGCCCGAACCCUGGACCUCAGUUGGGUGAGAGCCGCCAGAGAGAGAGGGUCCCUAUGUCACGUUAUGUCGGCCCACGCCGCAACCUCGCGGCUGGCCAAUAGCUUCUCAGUGCAGACUCACGCUACUUCACGGUCUCCGUGUGUAGAGACCGGUAAUGUAGGAGAUAACAGUGCAUACGGCGCGAAACGUGAUGGUAGUGUGGUGGCGGCGCGCGACCCCCUGGCCCCAGGACCGUGUAACGGAGGCAGGCCCAGCGCGCCCCCUUGCACUACAACAACUGCUAACAGUGCCAAAAGUGUCAGCCCGUCUAGCGGUGCCAGUGCCAGUGAUCAGACCAGCGGGAGAAAUGGUCAGGCGAGCGGUAGUUCAGGCCAGGGUAGCAGUGCGUAUAAUGAUAAUAACACGCUUACCUCGGGUGUUACAGCCAAGGAUGCCAGCAGUGACGGGGUAGGGAGUGUCGGGGUAGGGAGUGGCAGGGGCCACUGUGGCGUGGCCGCCGCCUCCCCCGCCACCGUCAGGAGGAGUGACGGCGGCAGACAGAGCAGGAUGGACACCACCACCUUCAGGCUCAGGCUGCGCAAGGGAGGGGGAGAAGGAGUCACGAAGAAGGGACCCUUGGUGAGUUAAUGCCCGUCUUCACCC